AUGUCGUCCGAAGUCGAGGAUCGGCCAACACGGUUGGACCGUGUUGAUUUACCUCGGCGUGCACGACCCAGAUCCCACUCACCAGCAUUACCAGAACGUUUCAAGAUAGCUACCGAAGAUGAUCUCAAAGAUGUGACAUUAUCUGCUAGAGGUGGAAACUUUAGCAUGCAUCAGUCUGUCUUUCAGAUGAUUCAAGCCGCUGGUUCGAAAGCCGAUUUUCACAGGUUCGAUUCUGAUAUUGACGAAGAAGCGGAGGAAGAGGAUAGUGGUGAUGAAGAAACAAAACAAAGGAAGAUGGCAAAGAACUUUGUUGUUAAAGAAGGCUUGGAAAGUGCAAAUAAGGAACGCACCCAAGCUGUUACAGACCCUGAAAAGCAUGAUACCGCAGCUUCAAAGCGGCUCAGCGAGAGUAAAUUCCUACCUAGGAACAUAAUAAAAUCAAUACAACAGAAACGCCAUGAUAAGAAAUCGAAGCAUACGUCAAGUUCAGCAACUUCGACUACCCCUUCUGCUUCCGAGGAUAUCAGUUCAUCGACAGAGCUGCCUUCUAGCGAAGGAUCAUCCAUCCUCCCGUCCGUUUCACGAUCACCGGCAGGCGAGGUCCCUAGUUUAGCACAGUCAACGGUGACCGCUACUAACUCGGCCAUGGAGGCUACCCAGGAAGUUGGAGGCGAAGAUGUAUUAUUCCCUGAGUUUUCGAUCUCCCCAACUGCGCUCUCGGAGAAAGUUAAAGUCAUCUUUAACCUUCCAGAAUUGGAGGAGGUGAAAUCCGAAUACCCUUGUUGGCUGCUUAAAACCGUUCUCCUUCAAGGGUAUAUCUACCUUACGGAUCGUCAUAUUUGCUUCUUCGCUUAUAUGCCGAAGCAUCAGGACGCCGUCCUAAAAUCAGGACAUUUCUAUAAACGCGGCCGGAAGAAUCCCCGUUACGGCCGGUAUUGGUUUACUUUGAAAGGAGACGUUCUCUCCUAUUACGCGGAUGCUUCGGAUCUUUACUUCCCGAGCGGUAAUAUUGACCUUCGCUAUGCGAUACAUGCCUAUGUCGAUGAAGGAAGCAAAGAUCAUUCUUUUGCACUCGUCACCAAUUCUAGAAAGUACGAAUUCAAAGCAGACUCCGCGACAAGCGCUGCCGAAUGGACCAAGGCCUUAGAAAAAGUAAUCUUUCGGAUUCACAAUGAUGGCGAUAGUGUUAAGGUUGUCAUUCCUAUUGAGAAUGUACUUGAGAUCGAGAAAAGUCCUGUCAUCGAGUUCGCAGAGACCUUCAAGUUGAAGGUUGUGGCUGAUGAUGAGUCGUACGCUAUUGACGAGUACUUUUUUUCCUUCUUUUCGUUCGGCGCCGAGGCUUUCGAGCUUAUUAGGCUACUGGUGGAAGAUACAACGGCCCAAAAGAUUCCGGAACAUCUUUUAACUCGGGGAAAUUCGAAGAGAGCAAGUCUUGGCUGCUCACCGGUUCGUGAAAUGGCUCCUUCAUCGCCUACUGGACAGUCUAUACGGCAUUCGCUCGUAAUGGGUAUGCCCGCUUGGCCAGCUGCAACAGUUCACCUCAAGAGCCUGGACGGCCCCGUUGCGCCGUUGCUCCGAGAAGCGGUUCGAGAUACUUUACUUCCCGUGCCUACAUCUCCGGUGGUCGGUAGUCCCCGAACCAGCGGCGAAUAUGCCCGUCGAAGUUUUGACGUAACCAAUCGGCGGAGCAUCGACUUUUCCAGAAAAAGUAUGGAUAACAAUGAAGCCCGGAGUUCCUCGAUCGCGAGCGUUUUCAGACGAAAAACAAAGGGACGCAAGGCUUCCCCGCCUAGAUCGGCGGCAGCAUCCCCAUCGCGAGAAAUGUCAUCCAGCUCAUUCGUAAAGUCGAUGCAGAGUGAGCCGUCGUCAUUGGCUGAGUCGUCUGAUGCUAUCCCCAUGUCAUCAGAAAGUGAAGGAGAACUGGCAGCUAGCCAGUUCUUAUCGAGAAGUGAUGUUUUCCAACAAUCAUAUCCCGCUGGCACCGACCCGUCUGGAAUCAAUAGGGGUAGGUCCCCGACGCUGAAGGAUAACGCCGGUACUAUCGAUCCCCUUCCGGCGCCCCCGCUUAAUAUUCAUCCGCCCUCGAGAGCCGCCACAGACUUAGGAGUUCCUGUUAACGUCCCGGAAGGAUCUGUCAAGAAGAUUGAAUCCUCCCCGGGUGAGCUAGGUCGGCCGUCUCUAGAAGAGAGAACCUCCUCCGACAAGAGGUUUUCGUUGUCUAGUCCUAGUCUCGGAGACGUGUACAGGGUGGGAUCGUAUCCCAUACGUUCGGCCCAGGGCAUUGCCGACUGGAUGAAGCGCCGAUCGAAGGGGGUAGCAUCUGGAGGUAUGGGCUACUUCGGCAAAGUCUCAGAUAUGUGGACUGGUGGAAGGAAACAUUAUGAUGACCAGGGGCCGAUACCCAACGCUGACGCAGCUGGCGAUGUGGAUGCUGAUGAUGAGGAUGAAGGAGCAGCUACGCCUUCUGAACGUUUCCGACAAAGAUUCGCUCUUCCCGAAUCAGAAAAUCUUAUUGCAGUUUACUUUGGCUAUUUAUCCCGCGUCCUGCCUUUAUACGGCAAAAUAUAUCUUGGUGAUCAGCACUUCUGCUUCAGGAGUAUUGUACCUGGCACUAGAACGAGGAUGAUUCUGCCACUUCGCGACAUUGAGAACGUCGAUAAGGAGAAAGGGUUCCGAUUCAGUUACCACGGGCUUGUCGUGACCAUUCGCGGCCACGAAGAGCUCUUCUUUGAGUUUGCGGGUCUAGAAAACCGGGAUGACUGCGGAAGCACGUUGGCGAAAGCUAUAGAUAACUCUCGGCAAAUGCGCGAGAGCCAGUUGAUUACUGCUGAACAAAAGGCGAACGCAGAGAUCGCGAAGAAGGAGCAUGAUAUGCUACAGGAGGCCAGGUUAGAGGCAGGACAUCUAGAGCACGAGAUGAAACUUCCGCAUACAACGAACGAAGUGGCUCAGGGCCAUGGCAUGGAUGUGCCGCCAAUAGUAUUUGACGAUCCGCACACAUCUAUCAUCCACUUCAAGCCUAGCGAGCCUUUAAGAUUCACUUGUUUGACAAUCGGCUCACGAGGUGACGUCCAACCUUAUAUUGCUCUUUGCAAGGGUCUCAUGAAGGAAGGCCACAAAGCAAGAAUCGCAACCCACGCUGAAUUCAAAGAUUGGGUGGAGAGUCAUGGUAUCGAGUUUCGAGAAGUUGCUGGCGACCCUGCUGAAUUGAUGAGAAUAUGUGUCGAAAAUGGUAUGUUUACGAUUUCCUUCCUCAAGGAAGCGGCAGGGAAAUUCCGAACAUGGAUCGACGAUCUUCUUAGUUCAGCAUGGGCCGCUUGUCAGGAUUCCGAUGUCCUUAUUGAGAGCCCCAGUGCGAUGGCUGGUAUCCAUGUCGCCGAAGCGAUGAAGAUCCCCUAUUUCCGUGCUUUUACGAUGCCCUGGACUCGAACUCGAGCAUACCCUCAUGCUUUUGCUGUCCCUGACCACAAAAUGGGAGGUGCAUAUAACUACUUUUCUUACAUCAUGUUCGACAAUGUAUUCUGGAAAGCUAUCGCCAGCCAGGUCAACAGAUGGCGAAAGAAGGAGCUUCAUCUUAAAAGCACUAGUCUCGAUAAGAUGCAACCAAACAAGGUCCCAUUUUUGUAUAACUUCAGUCCUCACGUCGUUAUCCCUCCUCUGGACUUUAGUGAUUGGAUCAGAGUCACGGGAUACUGGUUUUUGGACGAGAGUCAAUCAAACUUCGAACCGUCACCGGAAAUGAUUGAAUUUAUGCGCAAGGCAAGGGAGGACGGGAAGCCUAUUGUUUAUAUCGGCUUUGGGUCAAUUGUCGUGGCUGAUCCUCAGGCACUCACACAAACUGUUGUAGAUGCCGUUGUAAAGGCUGAAGUUAGGUGCCUGCUCUCCAAAGGGUGGUCCGAUAGAUUGGGGAGAAAGGACGCCAGUACUCCUGAGAUACCUCUCCCUGACUGUAUUCUUCCAAUCAAGGCGACCCCUCACGACUGGCUUUUCAAGCAUAUCGACGCUGCAGUACAUCAUGGUGGCGCCGGUACGACAGGUGCAAGCUUGAGAGCUGGUCUUCCUACAGUUAUUAGCCCGUUCUUCGGGGAUCAAUUUUUCUUUGGUGGAAGAGUAGAGGAUCUCGGAGUUGGUGUCUGUUUAAAGAAAUUAAACGUCAAGACAUUAGCCGAAGCUAUGUGGCUAGCUACAAACAGCAAUCGUAUGAUUACAAAAGCUCGGGUCUUGGGCGAACAAAUUCGAUCAGAGGAUGGAGUACAAACGGCUAUUCAAGCCAUUUACCGAGAUAUGGAAUAUGCAAAAUCUCUCAUCAAGAACCCACAGCAAGAGGCAUCCGAUUCUGCGGAGGAGUCUUGGACCUUUGUCAAUCGUGAUGAGGAUGACGCAGAUAUUGCGCGAAGAAACUCGAUAAAAGAUACUAAUUCAGACGAUAGCAGCAGCAAGAUUACUGGGGCGUCGACGCCGUAA